UUUCUUUAAAAAAAUAUAAUAAUAAUAAUAAAAAACACAAACCCUGUCUCUCCCUUGCUGCUUCAAACUGACCUGUAAGAAUCAGAACAAGCCUCCACUUAAGUCUCAACUCCUCUACCAUAUCCAUUCCUACUGCUACUAAUCCUUCUGCACAAGUGAGCUCCUUUUAAAUUUCUAAAAUAAGUGUAUUGGUGAUGAGGUGCGUGUAGAUAAGUGGCAAGAACUUGGAUUUGAGAAAAAAUGGUUGGGACUGCAAAUAAUGGCAGAAUGAGGCAUGCAUUUUCAGUUGUAAAUGGUGAGGAAGAGGUUGGUCUAAAUAGUGUACCGCCUAGUAAUGCUGGAUCAGAGUAUGGUGGGUUUGAGUUCACAAGAGAAGAUGUUUAUGGUUUGCUGAAUGAGAGAAUGAAAUACAAAAACAAGUUCAAUUACAAGGAAAGAUGUGAAAACAUGAUGGAUUAUAUAAAGAGGUUAAGGCUUUGUAUCAAAUGGUUUCAAGAGCUAGAAGGAGGUUACCUCUUUGAGCAGGAGAAGUUGCAAAAUGCAUUGGAUUUUACUGAGAGUAAAUGUGCUGAAAUGGAUUUGAUGCUGAAAAACAAGGAAGAAGAGUUGAAUUUGAUUAUCGUGGAGUUGAGAAAGAGCCUUGCUUCUCUGCAGGAAAAACUUUCCAAAGAGGAAUCUGAGAAGUUGGCUGCAUUGGAUUCUCUUGCCAGAGAGAAAGAGGCCAGACUUACUGUUGAGAAGUCACAAGCUUCCCUCUUGGAAGAGCAAGGAAAGAUUCAAGGAGAGCUUCAAAGUGCUAACCAAAGGAUAACAUCAGUAAGCGAUAUGUACAAGUUACUACAGGAGUACAAUUCAAGCUUACAACUCUACAAUAGCAAGCUUCAGACAGAUCUUGAUACAGCUCAUGAAAAUGUAAAGCGCGGAGAAAAAGAGAAAGCUGCUAUAGUUGAGAAUCUUAGCACCUUAAGGGGUCAAUGCAUGUCAUUGCAAGAUCAAUAUAAUUCAUGCAAAGCAUCUGUGGAUGAAGUUGCAAAGCAAAAGGACACACUGGUGAAUGAAGUUGCAUCUUUAAGGGCAGAGUUGCAACAAGUGAGCGAGGAUCGUGAUAGUCUGCUAUUGCAAGUGCAAACUUUAACAGCUGAAGUAGUUAAUUGUGAAGAGCUCGUUGAAAAAUCUAAUGAAUUGAAGGAAAAAUGUUUUUCCCAGAGUAAUCAGUUGAUGACUCUGCAGGAUGAGCUAGAGGCUACCCAAAAUAAAUUAAGGGUAUCUGAUUUAUCUGUAUUUGAGACAAAAACUGAAUUUGAAGCACAAAAGAAACUUAUAAGCGAGUUACAGAACCGCUUAGAAGAUGCAGAACUUAAAAUUGUUGAAGGAGAGAAGUUUCGAAAAAAGCUACACAAUACAAUAUUGGAACUAAAGGGAAAUAUUCGUGUGUUUUGUCGAGUGCGUCCUCUGAUACCAGAGGACAGUCCUGGUGCUGAUGGAAAAGUUGUAUCUUAUCCCACAACGACAGAAGCUCUAGGGCGAGCCAUUGAAUUGACACAAAAUGGGCAAAAAUAUUCUUUCACUUUCGAUAAAGUUUUUAUGCCCGAUGCAUCACAAGAGGAUGUUUUUGUGGAGAUUUCACAGCUUGUUCAAAGUGCUCUUGAUGGCUAUAAGGUUUGCAUCUUUGCCUAUGGCCAAACAGGUUCAGGUAAAACUUAUACCAUGAUGGGCAAAUCGGGAAACCCGGAGCAGAAGGGGUUGAUUCCCAGGUCAUUAGAACAAAUAUUCCAGACUAGGCAAUCUCUUCAGUCCCAAGGCUGGAAAUAUGAAAUGCAGGUGUCAAUGUUGGAAAUAUACAAUGAAACAAUUCGAGAUUUAUUGUCGACAAAAGAUUCAUCACGAACAGAGUAUGGUAGUAAUGGAAAGCAAUAUGCAAUUAAACACGAUGCCAAUGGGAAUACCCUCGUUUCCGAUCUUACUGUUGUGGACGUUUGCAGUACUAGAGAGGUUUCUUUUCUUUUGGAUCAGGCAUCUCAUAGUAGGUCUGUUGGCAAGACUCAAAUGAACGAGCAAUCAUCUAGAAGUCACUUUGUUUUCACAUUGCGAAUAUCUGGUGUUAAUGAGAACACAGAACAACAAGUACAAGGUGUUUUGAAUCUUAUUGAUCUUGCUGGGAGUGAGCGUCUUUCUAAGAGUGGCUCAACUGGAGAUAGAUUGAGAGAAACCCAAGCUAUCAAUAAAAGUUUAUCAUCUUUAAGCAAUGUUAUAUUUGCAUUGGCAAAGAAGGAGGAUCAUGUGCCGUUUAGACACUCAAAGCUUACUUAUCUUCUGCAGCCGUGUUUGGGUGGAGACUCAAAGACACUGAUGUUCGUAAACAUAUCUCCUGAUCACUCUUCAUCGGGUGAGUCACUUUGCUCACUCCGAUUCGCAUCCAGGGUUAAUGCUUGUGAGAUAGGUAUUCCUCGACGUCAAGCCAACUUGCGGUCUUUUGAGUCUCGCUUGAGCUUGGGCUGAUUCUAACAUGAGUUGAUAGUAUUAUGUAUCUCUGUCACGGCUAUUGGUAAAUUGAGAAAGUGAGAGUGAUCCUAACAUGAGCUGAUAGUAACUUGUGUAGUGAACUACGUUCUAUUGCUUUGUAAUUGAGAAUGUAAUUACUUGCUCUCACUCUAUUGUACUUGCUUACUUCCUA